UCUCAAUGCAAGUCAGAAAUUCAACAUUUACUCCGCACUCAGUUACAGCCACAUCAUACGCCACAGUCUUAAUUUAAUCUCGCGCUACGCGCACGCGACACGGUUUCCUGACGCGUUUCAAACACUUGCACAGACUCGACUAUCCAAUGGUUUCCUUCGCAGCUUGUCCAAGCAAAUCAACUCCACCUUCGACUCCCAAACCACGAUUGAGGCAACUGCUUCGCCAACCUUUGAGCCACUCCCCUAUCAUCAACGGCCAAUCUAUGAUUAUUACGAUCUAAUUUAUUCUUUCUACCCUUUUCCUUCGUUAGAUCUGUUCUGAUUUAUUUAGGCGCCAGUGGUUGUGUUCGAGUUGUCUGAUGUCUCUGCUCGCCAUGUCAACCGACAUCCAGGACCGGGAUUUGACCGGCCGGAAGAGAUCUCAUACAGAGUUCUUGAACCAAGAGGCUUGCAGUUCUGUGGCUUUCGGGGGAUCUGUGCGGGUCGAGGAAGAGGACUCUUCAUUAAGCGACAAGGAAAACGACGUUCAUCGUUCUUGCCGUGGAGCUACAGCCUCGUCUCCGUUGACAGAACCGACCUGCAGUCCGCUCGCGCAAAAGCCGACAUCCCCGAAGCCGACAUCAGUAUGUUUCUCAACAUCCGUCACCUCGCCACAAACCAGUUCAACCAUGGAGCAAGCCCCAGCACAGAAAGCGGCUGGCGAGCCGCCGAAAAAGAAGCGCUUAACCCCCGAGGAGAAAGCAGCCAGAGAAGCGGCCCUAGAAGCUGAAAAGCACAAGAAGCAGGAAGAACGAGAGAAGAAACGGCGCGACAAGGAAGAGACCGAGAAGCUGAAGGCCGCUGAGAAGGCUGCCAAGGCCGCUGAGAAGGCCAAGAAGGAGCAGGAGAAAAAGCAGCAGGCGGAGGAGAAAGAGAAGAAAAGGCGAGAGAAGGAGGAGGAGGAGGCGAAAAAGGCGCGGAGUCAGAUGAAGCUCACCAGCAUGUUCAACCUCGCGCCAACAACCCCGAAGAAGGAACUUACUCCUGCCAAAUCCGAGGAGGCGCACGGAGCGGCCACGGCUGCGGUCGAGGACAAGGAACCAUCGAUGUACAAGAAGAUGUUCAAGCCAUUCUUCGUCAAACAACACGUCCGACUCGCCAGCAAUCCGUAUCAGAUGGACGAGGAGACAAGAGAGGCCAAGACGAAGAUUCUGGAGGAGUACAUGACGGGCGUACGGGAAGCGCCCGCGCCCACCUUUGACCCGUUGGAAUCCCUUCAGAUUCCAUGCAGAGUCCGCCGCGGACGGGUUUACCCGAGUGUCCGGAGGCUCAUGGCGGAAAUCGAGGCGCUCUCCAACGGUCCCACAGAACUCACCACCGAGGCACAAAGCGCGAAGCUCCGAGAGACCCUAGAGGCGUUGAGGUCGGUACCGGUGAAGUCGAUCAAAUUCAGGGAAGAUGUGAGACCACCAUACAUCGGCACCAUCAGCGGCCUGCCGGAGGGCGUUCAAAGCCUACAUAAACUGGCGCGGAACCCCGUCUCUCAAAAUAUACUUCCCCUGGACUACGGCUAUGAUUCGGAGGCAGAGUGGCAAGAUGAGGAGGGCGAGGACGUGGAUGAUCUGGACGACGAAGAGGAAGAAGGAGACGUGGACGAAGAUAUGACGGAUUUCUUGGACGACUCCGAACAAGUAGAACUUGUGAGGGCGGCCUUCUCCGGUGGUAUGGAGGUGGAAAGCACUGGACCAUGUUGGGAAGACCGCACACGGAGGACCGCCGAGCCGACGCUGUAUAAGUACCGACUGGAGUUUAUUCUCGAGCCCCUCGAGCACCACCACAGCAUCGAUCCCUUCUCGAGCGCCUAUUGGAAGACGCCCAAGUCGAAGGCCAGCGCAGGUAACGAAUCGUUGACCGCAUCCGCAUCCAAAUCCGCACCUAUAUCCACGUCUGCAUCCGUCACGACUGCCUUUAACCCUACCUCGUCGAGCUCUACCCAGGACGCCCGUGCUAACCGAGUGCCCCCCGCCCCGUCAGAUGCCUUGAAGGCUCUUGCCACAGGUGCCGGUGCUGCAGGCACCAAGAAGUCACAGCAGCCGCUGCCGCUAGAGAUGCAGGAAAGGCUGAAGGAUAUUGUUCGCUCGAUGCCGAAACUCAGCAAGUUGGGCGUCAUUGAGCUCUUUGCGGCGAAUAACCCUGGAUGUGCGAAAGGACAAAUCAAGGCGUCUUUCGACGUCCUAUUUGAGAAGUCCGGGAAGGGAUUCAAGGUCAAGGGGGAGUAGGCGUCUGCUCCCGGCUUCGCCUUACUGGUUCGAUAAGGGGAUCGGAAGGUGAAGGGUGUCGAUGGACCGCAAGACGGCACUGGAGUUCGGAUGUAUGCUGAGAAGCCAUUCCGUGCCUGGAGGC